GACCCUGACAGAGCAUGCUCACAAAAGCUACCAUGAAAGACAGAAGACCUAGAAGUUGAACCUAUAGCUUGACCUCUGCAGCAUCACUGAACUUGGGGUCGACCUGACCUUUACUACCAGAACCUGAGACACGGCAAAGGAAACCUAGCCACAGCCUUAAAUGUUGUGAGAUUCCUUGAAGGAUUGUGAAAAUUCCAUUUUACAUGGCUGAGUGCCCAUAUCCAGUCUAAGCAAUGGAAAGUCUCCAGUUGAAAUCCAAUGAAUAUUAGGGAAGGAACUACGGUUGCUGACUUGCAUUGAAGAAUCGUCUGCUUAAUGUCUGGUCAAAGCUUACAAGUGAAACAGAAAUCUAUGGUUAAAAAGCCAAGCACUUCACAAUCUACUGCAAAGGCGGAAACACAGGAAGAGAGGAAUCUUCUGCAAGGAAGAAUGAAUUUAAGGAUUUCUCACUGAAGUGGACAAACGCAUUUGACACUUUGACAGAGCAGGGCAAACCGAGUUGGCAUACAAGUUACCUGCAGCAGAAGAGAGAUGGAGGCAGAGGCUGAAGAUAAAACGCUGCGUACCCGCUCUAAAGGAACCAAGGUGCCAAUAGAUUCUCUAAUUCAGGAGCUUAGGGUAUCACCUCCAAAGGUAGCAUUUCAGCUAUGCCUUCAAGAAGCCAUUGUAUCACUUCAUCAGGCCAGCCAUUUCUGCAGUGUGUGCGCUGCCUACGAUUGCUCCAUGGCGAAGAAGAGGAGGGCUGCAGAGCAGGCUUUGGGUGUCCCAGUCAACAAGAGAAAAUCCCUGCUAAUGAAGCCCCGACACUACAGCCCAAACGUGGACUGCAAAGAAGACUGUGAUGACAGGACCGAGGCGGAGGAGGAAGAAGGCCUCCCAGAAGCCAGCGGUCACACCGCCACAGAAGAAACCAUGAUAAAGCCUAGGGAUGAGCUCCUUCAUUCAACUGCACAAGAAAACUCCAAUGGGAAAGAAGACAGAUAUGGCUGCUAUCAAGAGCUCGUGGUCAAAUCUUUAAUGCACUUGGGGAAAUUUGAAAAAAAUGUGUCUGUUCAAACUGUAAGGGAGAACUUAAAUGGCAGUGGCAUCCAGCCUCUAAAAGCAGAGAGCGAUGAAGCUGAUGAGUGCUUUAUGCUUCAUCCUGACGAUGGAAAAGAAAAAAUCGACGAUCCCGAGGUUCGGUUCUGCUCUUCCGAUGACAGUGAGACUAACUCUGAAAGUGCAGAGAAUGGCUGGGACAGUGGCUCUAACUUCUCAGAAGAAACCAAACCACACAGGGUCCCAAAGUAUAUUUUAGUGGAUGAUAGAAAAGACCUAUUGGAAGUUCCUGAAAUAAAAACUGAAGGUGACAAGUUUCUCCCUUGUGAGAACGUGUGUGACUCUGAAUCAGAAAGGAGAGACCCGCAGAACACUCGCAUGGAGCCGCUGGAUAGCAAAGGCCAGCCCUCAUUCGCCGGGAUGGAGGACGAUGGGAAUGGGAGCCUGGCCGCCAUGACGGAAGAGUCUGGUGACCUGGAGAAAGCAAAGGGGAACUUGUGUGUGCUGGAGCAGGCAAUCGCUCUGCAGGCUGACCGAAGCUGUGUUUUCCAUAACACCUACAAAGAGUUGGACAGGUUUCUAUUGGAGCACCUUGCUGGGGAAAGGAGGCAAGCCAAAGUUAUUGACAUGGGUGGAAGACAGAUCUUUAACAGUAAACAUUCACCGAGGCCUGAAAAGAGGGAGACCAAGUGCCCCAUCCCGGGGUGCGACGGCACAGGCCACGUGACGGGACUCUACCCCCACCACCGCAGCCUUUCGGGGUGCCCCCACAAAGUGCGGGUUCCCCUGGAAAUUCUUGCCAUGCAUGAAAACGUGCUCAAGUGUCCCACCCCGGGGUGCACAGGAAGAGGGCAUGUGAACAGCAACCGCAACACCCACAGGAGUCUUUCUGGUUGUCCGAUUGCUGCAGCUGAAAAAUUGGCAAUGUCCCAGGACAAAAGUCAGCUCGAUUCCCCCAAAACCGGGCAGUGUCCUGACCAGGUUCACAGGACGAGUUUGGUGAAACAAAUUGAAUUUAAUUUCCGAUCACAAGCCAUCACCUCCCCCAGAGCUACGGUGUCAAGAGAACAAGAAAAGUUUGGAAAAGUACCAUUCGAUUAUGCCAGUUUCGACGCCCAGGUUUUUGGCAAACGCCCUCUCAUACAAACAGGUCAAGGACGAAAAACGCCACCAUUUCCUGAAUCAAAGCAUUUUUCAAAUCCAGGGAAAUUUCCGAAUCGACUGCCUAGUGCAGGCGCCCACACACAGAGCCCUGGCCGCGCCAGCUCUUACAGCUACGGUCAAUGUAGUGAAGACACCCACAUAGCAGCAGCUGCUGCGAUCCUGAACCUCUCCACCCGCUGCAGGGAAGCUGCAGACAUCCUCUCCAACAAACCACAGAGUCUGCAUGCCAAGGGACCCGAGAUAGAAGUGGAUGAAAAUGGCACAUUGGACUUAAGCCUGAAAAAAAAUCGAAUCCUGGACAAAGCUGCACCCCUAACUUCCUCUAACACCUCUAUUCCAACUCCUUCCUCUUCCCCAUUCAAAACGAGCAGCAUUUUGGUCAAUGCAGCCUUCUAUCAGGCUCUCUGUGAUCAAGAGGGCUGGGACACUCCUAUCAACUAUAGCAAAACCCAUGGGAAGACAGAGGAGGAAAAAGAGAAAGACCCUGUGAGCUCUCUAGAAAAUUUAGAGGAAAAAAAGUUUCCUGGAGAAUCCUCCAUACCAAGUCCUAAACCCAAGCUCCAUGCAAGAGACCUCAAAAAAGAGCUUAUUACCUGUCCAACGCCAGGAUGUGAUGGGAGUGGCCAUGUCACAGGAAACUAUGCAUCCCACCGCAGUGUGUCUGGAUGUCCUUUAGCAGACAAGACUCUUAAAUCUCUCAUGGCUGCUAACUCUCAGGAGCUUAAGUGUCCAACCCCGGGUUGCGACGGUUCCGGGCACGUGACUGGGAACUACGCCUCGCACAGAAGUUUGUCCGGCUGCCCUCGUGCCAGGAAGGGUGGUGUCAAAAUGACUCCUACGAAGGAAGAAAAAGAAGACCCUGAACUCAAAUGCCCUGUGAUAGGGUGUGAUGGCCAAGGUCACAUAUCAGGUAAAUACACGUCGCACCGCACAGCCUCUGGCUGUCCCCUGGCUGCCAAGAGACAGAAGGAGAAUCCUCUCAACGGGGCCCCCCUCUCCUGGAAACUGAACAAACAAGAACUGCCACACUGUCCCUUACCAGGUUGCAACGGGCUGGGCCAUGUAAAUAACGUUUUUGUCACCCACAGAAGCUUAUCUGGAUGUCCUCUAAAUGCACAAGCCAUCAAAAAGGGCAAGGUCUCUGAAGAACUGAUGACCAUCAAGCUCAAAGCAACAGGAGGUAUAGAGAGUGAUGAAGAAAUUCGGCAUUUGGAUGAAGAAAUAAAGGAACUGAAUGAGUCCAACCUUAAAAUUGAAGCAGAUAUGAUGAAACUCCAAACGCAGAUCACAUCGAUGGAGAGCAACCUGAAGACAAUAGAGGAGGAGAACAAGCUCAUAGAGCAGAACAAUGAAAGCCUGCUGAAGGAGCUGGCGGGCCUCAGCCAAGCUCUCAUCUCCAGCCUUGCGGACAUCCAGCUCCCACAGAUGGGACCUAUCAGCGAGCAGAAUUUUGAAGCCUAUGUAAAUACCCUGACAGACAUGUACAGCAAUCUGGAACGGGACUCUUCCCCGGAAUGCAAAGCUCUGCUGGAAAGUAUCAAACAGGCAGUGAAGGGCAUCCACGUGUAGGACCACAGCGCUGCCGGGCAACGGAAAUCACAAACAGCAGUAACACAGACGGAUCUGGAAGGGGCUCCUGUGCCACAAAGGCACGGGGGUGGCCGCACUGCAUUUCCAAUUGCAAAAUUGCACUAAUCCCCCCUCCCCCAGCUGACAUAAAAAGGAAAGAAAACUAUGAUAGACUCUUUGGAUUAAAAGCAAUGCAGUCAAAUAUUAGAUCUUAUUUAUUUUCAUAUGUUUUUAUUUUAUUUCUUCAUUGCACUCUUUUGGGUUG